UGAGAUUGUAGUUGUCAAGACACACACCGGCACACAAUCUGGCAGGUGGAGAAUCUCACUCACAGAUCUUCAUGUCCUUCAUCUGACCAUGAAGAAGCUACUCAUCUUCCUGCUCCUGUUCUCAGGAGUGCUGAGCUUUGGAACUUUGUGUAGAGCACUGAAUGAUCUUACACAACCAGAGUGUACUGCAACCAAUGACUCCACGUCAGACUUCCUGAUGUGUGUGGGAUUUUCAUCAGACCCUGUGGCAGAGGAGCAGCAGAUCCACAACCUAAAAGGCCUGAUUGAUGCUCUGCUUGACGUGUUUGUGCUCAUGAACUCAGGAUUGGGUGGUGUCCCUUUGCUAAACGUGUCUGCAGGAUGGAGCUUUAAUGCCACAGCUCUGCUGCAGGAUAAUGACAUCAUCACGGCAUGGCUACAGAUUAGAAUGACUCCACUGCUUUCCUCCAUCUCCCAGAACUUCCUCACCUGUCUCGGUUACAACAACUUCAGCUGCCAGACCUACCAGACUGUGGUGCAGGAGCUGAGUCAGCAGUUCUCCAGUUUGGAUGCUCAGAGGCAGCAGUGGAUCUACUCGUACUUCAUGCAGCCCUUCCUGUCCAAAAACACACCAACAGGUUGUGUGAUACCUGGUGACACCACACAGGACUGGGUCACAAAGAACUUUGGCUCCUUCUCAGUUCUGGCCCAAAUCAGAGACUUCAGCUCUAUCAAUGGAUUCUUCAAUGGGUUGGAUGUACUGCACUUGUUGACUCCAGAGCAGAAAGCAGAGCUCAUGCUGUAUCCUGAGACAGCCAGUCUGAACCAAGAAUCCCUCAGUGUGGUCCUGGGCAGCCUUCUGAGUUCAGUAACACCAUCUGGAGGAGCUGUGAACAGCCUUAAUGGUACCAUGCAGGGCACAGGAUUAUCUGUGUACUCACCCUCUCCACAAGACCCACUCAGACAGACGGUAAACGACAUCAUGACUGCAUUUAGACCUGUUGGGAGUUUCGUCAGAGAAUUUGUUUUCCUCACACAUCAGCAGGACCUGAGCAGCAUGAGGAGUGCGACUCUCAUACAGGCAAUGCUUGGCUGGACUCUAGCAGAGCUCGCAGCACCAUAUAAAAACACCAGCAGUAAUCAGCAGCUGGAACAGACGAUGUUUAACGCUUCAGAUGUUAACUCCUGGUUCACACAUGUCGUGGUUCCUGUCCUGAACAGAUACCUCACCAGUGACAUUCCAGAUGACCUCGCUGCUGUCUUUCAUAAUGUGUUUUAUAUGCAGAAUCCAGUGUAUGAAACUCAAGACACUUGCAGUGUGAGUCUGGAUGGAGCAUGUGCAGUGGCAAAUGUGAUGGAGCAUGUGGCAAAAGUGCUGCAGUGUGCAGGGAGCACUAAUCUAACACUCACACAGGAAACAGUGACCAGUCUCACACUGCAUCUUUCCAGCAGCCUCAACAGACUUCUGAACCAGAUCGCCAACACGAACUUUAGUGCAGAAGAUUCUCCUUUCAGAGAUGUUCUUGAUCGAAUCCACAACCCAACACACACUGACCUGAGGGAUAAAUCAUUUAUCACCAUGUGGUUUCAUAUCAAACUGAAGCCUCUCUUACCGAGUGUGACGCCUGACUACCUGCUCUGCCUGAGUGCCAAACCGUUCUCCUGCCAGACCUUCCAGACGCUUGUGUGGGAGAUGAGCAACAAUAUGUUCCUGAUGCCAGUGAAUGGAACUCAGGUGGUUUAUGAGAAUUUCAUCAUACCGUUCCUUCUCCACCAAAACUCCACAGGUGGCUGUAUGAGUAACAGCAGUCUGGAGUGGAUCCAGAUGAACCUUGGUGGAUUCUCUCAGUUUGCUACAGUGCAGGAGAUGUACCUACUAAAUCCUGAGUUUGAUGCUCUGGAGGCUUUCAGCACCCUCACUCUAAAACAAGUCUCUGAGAUCAUCGUUGAAGACCUGCCUCAACUUCCAGCUAAAAAGCAGCUGAUUGACAUCACGUUCAGCAACAUGCUGACAUCACUGACGAUGAGGCAGAAUCUUCCUCAGCUCAUCUUCCUCAUCUCAGAGAUGGACACGAUAAACAACUGUUUGAUCUAUCAGGAAAUGUUCUCUUGGCUCCACUUUGCUUCUCUGUUUGCAAACAAAGAGGAAGAAGCUGUGAUCCUGAUUAGCAUUGAUAACCUGAUGAAGACCACACCAUCAGAUUGUCGCUCCUACAGUGGCACGUGCAACACCACGGCCAUCAACGGGUCUGCAGUGUGUGAUGGUGUGAACAGUGAUGCUCUGCUGGACUACCUGAAAACACCACAUAACGGGAGUCAACUCUGUAGCUUCAAUAUUACACAAUACGCAUGUGCCCAGGUAACUGAUAUAUCUGCUGAAGAUCUGGUGACGCUGUUGUCAUGUUAUCUCUAUGGUAACGAGGUUGUGUCUAAAGAGACAUGGAAAAUCUUUCUAAUGGAAGUCAGCCCCACCCUCGGCCCCGCCCUCGAUCUGUUUACCAACAAGACCGUCCCAUUUUCCCCUCCCCUGGUGGUGGACUUGUUGGAUGUGAUUGCUGAUGUCAUCUUGAAUACUUUCAGUCCAAACAGUUUUACCAAUGAUUCAUUGAUCCAGCUGUGGUUCGGGAACAGACUCCGCCCCUUUUUACCCUACACCUCAUCAAACUUCCUGACCUGCAUCUCCAAAUUCAACUUUAGCUGUGAGACCUACCAGAGCAUUGUUCAAAUUUUGAGCCAGCAGUUUAAUGCCAUGUCCAAUGAGACUCAGAUGUCUGUCUAUGUCUACUUCAUCCACACGUUCCUCAGCAACAACAACACAGCAGGGUGUAAUACUGGAGGUCAGAGCUCUGAUUGGUUGAAACUGAAUGUUGGACCUUUUGCUGAAUUUGCAACCAUCACUGAACUCCAGAAUCUAAACCCUGCAUUCUCAGUGAUGGAUGUCCUGGACAGUUUAACUGUGACACAGUUGGUGGAAGUCUGCACCUCUCCUGGUCUUAUUACUUCAGCAGCUCAGGUUGUUCAGGUUCUGGACAACGUUCCUGACCCUGAACUCAUCAUGUUCUUCUCCAAGCUCUCCUCCACAGUUACUGUCGGGGCUAUGCCACUUCCCACUGUGGUCAGCAAGGCUCUUCUGGAGCAGGUGUUUGAGAGAGUAAAUCUUGGAGACCCGAAUGUUCCUGACCCCGCGGUGGAGCAGUGGAUCAACGUCGGAAUAAAACCUUUUAUCUCCAACAUCCAGAUUUCACAAAUACCUCUGUACUUCAACAUCCUCACAAACCACUCCUGUAUCAUCUCACACCAAGGUGUGAUGGUGCUGAACUCCGCCCACUCCAGUUUCAAUUCUGAUACACUGCAAGCCAUCUACAACCAGCUCAUCAUCUUUCUCUCAGGGCCUGAGCUGAUGAAGUGCUACACUUAUCAGAGUUUCUACGCUUUCCUGAAGUCGUACUUCAUAGGCUUCCAGUUUCCUUCUCUCUCCACCUUCCUGUCUCUGAUUCCACCUGGACGAAUGGCAGAGUUGUUGAACUCCAUGUCUCCAGCUGAGCUAUCUGAGCUCCUGCAUAACAUCGGCACUGUGGAAGACCAAAACAAACUGUGUGAACUCUUCAACAUCUACAACCAAACUGAGAACUACCUGCAAAGUGUGACUGAUUUAUCUGCAGAAACUCUGGCGACGGUGUUGUCAUGUUAUCUCUAUGGUAAUGAUACCAUAUCAAAUAAAACAUGGAAAAUCUUUCUAACAGGAGUCAGCCUGGUCCUUGGCCCUGCCCUUGAUCUGUUUCCCAACAAGACCACCCCAUUGUCCCUCCCCCUAGUGGUGGACAUGUUGGAUGUGAUUGGUGAUGUCACCUUCAGUUCUUUUAGUUCAUCCAGUUUUACCAAUCAUUCAUUGAUCCAGCUGUGGUUUGGGAACAGACUCCGCCCCUUUUUACCCUACACCUCAUCAAACUUCCUGUCGGGCAUCUCCAAAUACAGCUUCAGCUGUGAGACCUACCAAAGCAUUGUUCAAAUUUUGGGCCAGCAGAUUAAUGCCAUGUCCAAUGAGACUCAGAUGUCUGUCUAUGUCUACUUCAUCCACACGUUCCUCAGCAACAACAACACAGCAGGGUGUAAUACUGGAGGUCAGAGCUCUGAUUGGUUGAAACUGAAUGUUGGACCUUUUGCUGAAUUUGCAACCAUCACUGAACUCCAGAAUCUAAACCCUGCAUUCUCAGUGAUGGAUGUCCUGGACAGUUUAACUGUGACACAGUUGGUGGAAGUCUGCACCUCUCCUGGUCUUAUUACUUCAGCAGCUCAGGUUGUUCAGGUUCUGGACAACGUUCCUGACCCUGAACUCAUCAUGUUCUUCUCCAAGCUCUCCUCCACAGUCACUGUGAGUGUCACUUACACACUCAUUAUUAACACCUAACAUGGGAUCCA